GGUGACGCCUACAACAUACAGUUUACAAUAAAUGGCGAGAAACAUGUUGCGUAUGAUAAGUAUCCACCCACCACAUCGCUAAACGAUUACAUCAGAGAUGUUGCUGGACUUAAGGGGACGAAAAUCAUGUGCAAGGAGGCCGGAUGUGGAUGUUGUGCAGUGACCGUGACCUACGCCCCAGGGGGAGAUAAGGCAGAGACCAUGAGCAUUAACUCCUGUCUCUGCCCCCUGUACAGUGUAGACGGCUGGCAGAUCACCACUGUUGAAGGUAUAGGCAGUCAAAAAGAUGGAUUCCACCCAAUCCAGGAGAGGAUUGCCCAGCAUAACGGCACUCAGUGUGGCUACUGUACUCCUGGUUUUGUCAUGUCCAUGUAUGGACUACUCCACCAGAAGCCCCAGCUGAGCCAGCAGGAGAUAGAAGACUCAUUUGAUGGCCACGUGUGCAGGUGUACAGGCUACAGGUCAAUCCUGGACGCCAUGAAGUCUUUUGCUACAGACUCUACUAUUCCAGGAGCCAGGUGUGUCGAAAUUGAGGAUCUUAAUAAACAUCUGUGCCCCAAAACUGGAGAGGUUUGCAAAGGGAAGCAAGAAGGAUGUUCUCAUGGCUUAUCCCUUGACUUGCAUGAAAGCAAAUGGUACAGACCAAACAACCUGCAAGAGCUUGGGAAACUUCUCAUAGAAAAUAGCACCAGGAGCACAAAACUUUUGUUUGGCAACACAUCUGCAGGUAUAUUUAAAAAUGAAGGACCCUAUCAGGUUUAUAUUGAUCUUCAUGGGGUGAAGGAGCUCUACCUGUUUACAGAAAACACAGACAGUGUUGUGUUUGGUGGCAACACCACACUCUCUAAGCUGAAGGACCAUCUGAAGGAGCUGCAACACAAGGCUGGCUUCUCCUACUUCACUGCAGUCAUUCGUCAUCUCAAAGUCAUUGCCAGUGUGCUGGUUAGAAAUGCUGGUUGCAUUGCAGGAAAUUUAAUGAUAAAGAAAAACUAUCAUGAAUUUCCAUCAGAUCUUUUCACUUUGACAGAAGCCAUUGGAGCCAGUGUUGGUAUCUUUGAUGCUAAAGAUGGCAGCACAAAGAAAUACAGCCUGUUGGACUUCCUACAAAAAGUGGACAUGAAACAAAAAGUCAUAGCUUUUCUUCAACUCCCAAGUUUCAAACAGUCUGAAGUCUUACGAUCUUUUAAAAUUACUCCAAGAUGGCAGAAUGCUCAUGCAUAUGUAAAUGCUGCAUUUAAGCUUGGAGUUGAGGGUAAAAAGGUUACAGGAACUCCAUCUUUUGUGUACGGAGGUAUCAGUAACAAUUUGAUUCAUGCUUCUAAUGCUGAAGCAUUCAUUAAAGGGAAGGAACUCGAUGACAAAGUAAUUUUAGAAACAUUGAAGGUUUUAUCUGCUGAGCUGAUUCCAGCAGAAGAUGACCCACUUGCUGCGUCUGCUAAAUACAGACAUGACCUGGCUGUCAAUCUUCUAUAUAAGACACUUUUAGAGGUCUACAAACCAUCAGAUCUGAGAGUUCAAAGUGGAGCUGACAGUAUGGACAGGACUUUGUCCUUUGGGCUACAAACUUUCCAAGAGAAAGCAGAGGAGUUCCCUCUCAAGUAAGCUCUAUCUAAAUUGGAAGCACCUUUACAGGCAUCUGGUGAAACUGUUUACACCAAUGAUAUUCCAAGUUUCCGCAGAGAACUUUGUGCAGCUUUUGUAAUUUCUACAGUAGGGUCAGCCACACUUGAACAUGUAGACCCAUCUGAAGCUUUGGCAAUCCCUGGAGUUGUGAGCU